GUUGAAGUUAGCAUUCUACAACAGUAGCUUGAAGCACGGUCACGGGUAUAUCCAGAUAAGGUAUGAUCCGAUCUAUUGAAUUGAACUCAACAUUGGAAGUUUGACAUUUCAGCGUUGUAUUUUCUGGGUUGCGGCGCGUGGCAUUCAUUAUCUACAUAUGUAGUUAUUAAUUUUUAUCUAUUAAUUACUACUAGAUAACCUUAAGCGCAUUUCGCUCACCUUGCCCCUCCCUUCUUUUUUCAAGGGCUCCAAAGGAAUAAAAAGAGGCAAAGAAAAAGAAAAAAAAGGAAGAAGCAAAAAGAUAUAAAGGGGAAAACUAAUACGAUACGAUACACUACUAUUGUCACAUUCGAUACCCAAAAAAGAAAAAACCUAAAGUAGUACCGUCAUAAUGUCUACCACUACGACUGUCACGCAAAGUGUUCCCACGGCCGAGACCCUUCUUCGCUUGUUCCCAGACAUCGAUACCAGUUCCGCCGAGUUGGAAGGUCAUGAUGCCGAACAGAUUCGCCUUAUGGACGAGGUGUGUAUUGUGCUCGACAACGACGACAACCCAAUUGGAACAGCAAGCAAGAAGCUUUGCCACUUAAUGACCAACAUCGACAAGGGUUUGCUGCAUCGCGCAUUCUCCUGUUUCCUCUUCGAUGAUCAGAACCGAUUACUCCUUCAGCAGCGUGCCACGGAGAAGAUUACCUUUCCUGACAUGUGGACAAACACGUGCUGCUCUCAUCCCUUGGGAAUCCCCGGCGAGACUGGCUCAAACCUGAAAGACUCAGUUGAGGGCGUCAAACGCGCAGCGCAGCGAAAACUUGACCACGAGUUAGGUAUCAAAAAGGAGCAAGUGCCCUUCGAGGACUUUCACUUCUUGACAAGAAUUCAUUAUAAGGCACCCAGUGAUGGUAAAUGGGGUGAACACGAAGUUGACUAUAUCCUCUUCAUCAAGGCCAAUGUCGACCUAAAUGCCAAUCCUAACGAAGUAAAAGAUACUAAAUACGUCACCGCCGACGAGUUGAAGACCCUCUUCACCGACCCAACGCUAAAGUUCACGCCUUGGUUCAAGCUCAUUUGCGAGUCGAUGCUUUUCGAGUGGUGGGAGAACCUCGAUUCGGGUCUUGAGAAGUACACCAACGAGGAGCAAAUCAGGCGCAUGUGAGGUCUGCCCAGGCUUACAUGACGUAUAAUGGACGAGAGAUGCGGGAAUUUUGAAUUUUCUUCUUUCUCUUUUGCUUUUCAAUUCUGAAAAAGGUCACCCAAGAAGAGC